UCAGGUGGUGAAGGGAUGCAUCAGAGGAUGGCAGUUAGAGAGGGGAUUAGAGGGAAACCGCAGGCAGACAGUGACAAGAGGGGCUGCUGACACACGGCAAAGAGAUGGCCCGGCUGGGCGCAGUGGCUCACGCCUGUAAUCCCAGCGCUUUGGGAGGCCAAGCAUGCCAGUCAGAAGCUGAUGAAGGCACCCCAAGCCCCUCACCAGAGCAAAAGACGACUCACUGGAACCUGGUGCAGAGCAGGAUGAAGGAGCUCCUGGAGCCAGCGGUGACCAGGACCAGAGACAGGUGGCAGUGGCUCUGGAGCCUCAGCGGCCUCCGGGGCUUCAUGCAAACCUACUAUGAAGACCACUUGAGGGACCUGGGUCCUCGCACCAAGACCUGGCUCCUGGAAUCCAAAGACAGCCUCUUGAACAAGACCUACAGCCUGUGCCCCAGGCUUCUCUGUGCGGACGAGAACUAGGAUUAAAAUGUCCAUAAAACCCAGUGUGGUUGUGGUGUGUACCUGUAGUCCAGCUACUCAGGAGGCUUAGGCAGGAGGAUGGCUUGAGCCCAGGAGCUCUAGACCAGCCUGGGCAACACAGCAAGAUCUCUUGGGGGGACAAAAGAAAAAAUUAAGUUCAUACUUCUCCAAUAAACACAGUCUUACCUG